AUGAAGGUAGAUUCGGUAAUCACGCUAGCCAUCUUGGCCCUCGGUAAUGGAGCCAUCGCCGCCCUUUCCCCAGCCGAUUGGUAUAAGACUAUGAAACCACCGAACGAGCGAUUUGUUCUCAAUGCAGAGCAAGCUCAAAAGGCAAUUAAUGCGGCAGCGGCAGUCGCUUCUCAGAACAGCUCCCCAUCAACAAUUGUUGUUUUGGACCCGGCCGGCUUUGUUAUCUCGCUGUUACGCAUGGAUAAUGCUUGGAUUGAAAGUGUCGAUACAUGUAUUAAAAAGACGCGCAGUGUCAGUCUGUUUAACGGUGCCUUUACCACUGAGGAAUUGAAUCCCAUUAUCCAGCCAGGGUCCGAGGACUAUGGUCUUGAGACUGCCAAUGGCGGCUUAAUGUUCGUCAAGGGCGCUAUUCCACUUUACAUCAACGGUACAUUUUUUGCUGCCAUUGGCGUCUGCGGAGGAUCGGGUGCACAGGAUGUGGAAGCCGCCAUUGCUGGAGUUCUCGCUGUCAAUGGGACGACUUUGACAUAA